AAUUAUAUCUGUUUUAAAAUAUAAAUUUAACAACUACGUAACAUUGUUGACAGUUCAUAUUCGUAUUGUUAAAAAUGUCACAAGGUUACAAUCGAUUCUAGUUCAAAAUCGAUUAAGUAGUAAGAUUAAAUAUAUGCAACUUGUGGCCAAGGAUACGUGUAUUUGUGCGCGUUUUCAUGCAUCAGUGUUGCGCGUGCGUCCAUGUAUAAAUGCACAUGCGUAUACGUGAGAAUGUGCAUGUGUGUACAUCCAUCAUGAGUCAGAACCCAUGUCGGUCUGUAUUUCGUAAUUAAUUUUUAUAGUGACGAGAAAAAUGCGAUUCUAGACCUAGGACUACAACACCUGCUUACUCCCGGGCCGCUUGUCCUCAGAGGACAUGCCCGUUGUGCCCGCAACAGCAUAAGAAAGGGUUGUAUGUGAGACGGCAUUUUAAGCUAUCAAAAGUGUAGGCAUACACAAAUGCUUCUCCAACUCGUGCAUUCGACCGAUUUUAAACUGUCAGUCUCGAUCGAACUUUUAUAAGAAAGAAUGGAUUGUGAAUUUUCCGAUAGUCUCGUUUAUCAAACUUACUUCUUGCUUUGUUUUCUUUCCUGUGAAUAAAACAAAUUGAGUCAGGUAAUAUAAAUAAUUGAAGGCAAAAACAAUAGGACAAAUAUGGAUCAAAAUAGAAAUAGACCUAGUAGACCUCGUCUUCGAUCUCAUGGCAAUUCAGCCAGAGUACUUGUAUUUGAUCAAGCUGAAAGUGAAGAAUCUGCUUGUAGUACUGAGGCAGAAAUACAAAAACAUCCAAUUCCAUCUAAAAUGGAGAGUAAGGAAGCUCCAGUGCGACCUGUCAGUGGAGAAUUAUCAAAUCUAGUUCGAAUGAGGAAUUCUGCAAUUGGAAAAUCUGCACCUUCUUUAUCAGUUCAUAUGCGUGAUUUUAACAUUCCUCGACGUACUGCUAAAGCAGCUCAUCGUAAAUCUUUUAUUGCAACAACAUCUCCAACUUUACCACGUUGUCAUUCACCACUAUCAGCGUUUGUCCCGAUUGUAGGCAGUCCCCUAGAAAGUCCUAGGAUGUCAUCAAGUCCACAUUUUGCUUUUGCUCCAAUUAAAAGAAUUGGUGGAGGUACUACAGGAACUGGAGAUGGGAGAAGAUGGUCAGUUGCUAGUUUACCAUCUAGUGGUUAUGGUACAACACCAGGCUCUAGUAAUGUUUCGUCACAGUAUUCAAGUCAAGAACGCUUGCAUCAACUUCCAAAUGUUCCCACCAAGGAUGAAUUACGUAUGCUUUCUUGCCAUUUUUCUAAACCUGGUACACCUUGUUCUUCGCAUCCAGGUUUUCCAGGUUCUAGUAUUUCGAGUAUUCCUGGCAGCGUAUCUCUUAGCCUUGAUGAAGAGGGCCGUAGAUCACCGUUACAUAGACCUCGUUCACGAAGUUUAAGCAGUCCAAGUCGUUCUCCUGUAUUAGAUAGCGAAAUUGUUAUGAUGAAUACUCUUUAUAAAGAAAGAUUUCCCAAGGCUACACAACAAAUGGAAGAACGUUUAACUAAUUUUAUCAAUGAAAACAAAGAGCUAGAUGAAUAUGAAGUAAUGGCAAAUAUGACCCAAGAUUCUCUUCCAAUUUUAAGAUUUGUACAUCAUCAAGUAAUUGAAAUGGCAAGAGACUGUUUGCAAAAAUCUCAAGAAAAAUUAAUUACAACUAGAUAUUUUUAUGAAAUGAGUGAAAAUUUGGAACAUUUAUUAAUGGAGACAAAAGAUAAAUCACUUGAAGCAGCAACAAGAUUAACAGGACUUAUUAAAAAAUUGUUGUUGGUAAUAUCGCGUCCAGCUCGUUUAUUGGAAUGUUUAGAAUUCGAUCCUGAAGAAUUUUAUCAUUUACUCGAACAAGCUGAGGGCCAAGCAAAAAUUAAUGCAGGAAUAAAAACAGAUAUACCACAAUAUAUUAUUAACAAACUUUCUCUUAACAGAGAUCCAAUAUCAGAAUUGCAAGAAGAUUUAAACAAAUUAGAAGAUUCAGCUAGUUCGAGCGAUAGUAAUUUACAAAUCGCUUCGAGUCCAAAUAAAGAUGAUGAUAAAUCUCAACGUAUUCCAUGUGAAAGUGAUUAUGAAGUUUUAAAACUUAUUAGUAAUGGUGCAUAUGGCGCAGUAUAUCUGGUUAAAGAAAAAACUACACGUCAAAGAUUUGCCAUGAAGAAAAUAAAUAAAAACAAUUUGAUGCUAAGAAAUCAAGUAGAACAAGUCUUCGCUGAAAGAGAUAUAAUGAGUUUUACAGACAAUCCAUUUGUCGUUUCUAUGUACUGUAGUUUUGAGACAAAAAAACACUUGUGCUUAGUAAUGGAAUAUGUAGAAGGCGGAGAUUGUGCAAAUCUAUUAAAAAACAUCGGUCCAUUGCCACCAGACAUGGCAAGAUUUUAUUUCGCGGAAACUGUCUUAGCUGUUGAAUAUUUACAUAGUUAUGGUAUUGUUCAUCGAGAUUUAAAACCUGACAAUUUACUUAUUACUGCCCUUGGUCAUAUUAAACUUACUGACUUUGGUCUCAGUAAAAUGGGUCUUAUGUCUUUGGCAACAAAUCUUUAUGAGGGUUAUAUCGACAGAGAUACGAGACAAUUUUCGGAUAAACAAGUGUUUGGCACACCUGAAUACAUUGCUCCUGAGGUUAUAUUGCGUCAGGGAUAUGGCAAACCUGUUGAUUGGUGGUCUAUGGGAAUUAUAUUGUACGAAUUUUUAAUUGGCUGUGUACCAUUCUUUGGUGAUACUCCGGAAGAAUUAUUUGCUCAUACAGUUAAUGAUGAUAUCGAGUGGCCAGAUGAAGAUGAUUGGCCUGUUCAGCCAGAAGCUAAGGACAUUAUAACAGCACUAUUACAACAAAGUCCUAGGGAUCGUUUAGGCACAGGUGGAUCUCAUGAAGUAAAAGAACACUUAUAUUUUUAUGGAGUAAAUUGGAAUAGUUUACUCAGACAAAAGGCUGAAUUCGUGCCACAAUUAGUCAAUGAUGAGGAUACAAGUUAUUUUGAUACUCGUAUGGAUAGAUAUAAUCAUGAUAUAGGUGACGAUACUGAUGAUACCGAUGAUUCUCCUUUGUUCGGGUCAUUUUCUUCGUAUUCUCCACAAUCACGAAAAAUAUCUCAAACCCGUCCACCUCAAAUAAAUCCCGAACAAACAGAGAUAGAUAUUUCUAAAAAACAAUUAUUCCGUACUGAGCUUGAACGGACAGUCGCGCAAUUGUCUUCUGGAUCUAAUAGUUCAACCACGCCUCCAUCAAAGUUAGCGGAAUCGACUCUACCAGAAAAAAAUCGAUCUUCAUCUAUUAAAAUUACAAACAUUGAAACACCUCCAAAAACGGAUAAGUCAAAUGCAUCGUUCACGAGCCCUGCCACAGUAACCAGUGGCGAGUCUCAAUUAACAGUUAUUAGGAAUAAUCAAAUAGAAGGGACAUCCAUCAGUUUAAGCACACCUGAUUCUUCGCAAACGGAAUCUGAGGACAUCAGUCCCCAAAUCCAGAGAAAGCGACAUUUGCAUUCCCGUGAUAAGCUGCCCAGGUUCAGUAUAUGCAUUGAUGAUGAACACAUGUUGGAUUUAAUUGCAAACAGAGAUACAACUGAAGAAAGUAAACAUAAUUCUAGUACUGAUUCUUUUGAAUCAUUUAGCGCCAUACCAAUUAUACCAUCCGUAAAACAAAAAUCACGAUCCGUGAUAAAGUCUGCAUCCACUAGUGGAUUAUCAUUAGUUAUACCAACCAGUGAUUUUUCUUGUACAUAUGAUGCAUCAUUAAAUACUCAACCAAUCGAAUCUCCCGGUGGAUCAUCCACUGCAUCUUCAAGAGAUACGUCUCCUUGUCGCGAAUUGAGUCCAUUGGUAACUAGUUUGAAACCUCCAAUUAUUAUUCGCAGAGGACCAUGUGGAUUUGGCUUCACUGUACAUACGAUUAGAGUUUACUAUGGUGACAGUGAUUUUUACACCAUGCAUCAUCUAGUUAUGGCUGUAGAUCAAUCUAGUCCAGCUUUUGAAGCUGGUUUAAGACCAGGCGAUCUCAUAACACAUAUAAAUGGUGAACCAGUGCAGGGUUUAUAUCAUAUACAAGUUCUUCAGUUGAUGUUAAGUGGCGGUGAUCACGUAACAUUACGUAGUACACCAUUAGAAAAUACUAGUAUCAAAACAGGAGGAAGGAAACGAGAUUUGACUCAAAGUAAAAUGGCUCGCAGAACAUUACAUAAACAGCGCAAAUUGAAACGUGAUCAUUCAGAUAAAAAACGAAAAACAUCCCUUUUUAAACGAAUUAGCUCGAAACGAGCUAGCGUAGAGAUGCAACAGCCAUUAACUAUCAGUUGUCCAUUGUCAGCACCCAUUCUAUCCAGCGACAGCAAACCUCCACUUAUGAUGGCUGCAGGAAUUUGUUCACCAUCAAUGGUAACGCCUAGUCGAUCGUUCCAAUCAUUUACACGUUCCCAAGAGACAUCACCAUACUUUGCAACAUGUACGAAGUCCGUUUGCAGUCCUUCACCUCCAACAAACCGUGUUAGCUCGGAUUCUUAUCAUUCUACGGGGAAUUCGAGCCCUUGUUCCAGUCCAAAUUCUUCCUCUCCUGGUUCUUCUACAUCUACUACAAAUUUAUCCACUAUUGCCAAUCAAUCUCAUUAUCAGAGACCAAGUACACUUCACGGUUUGAAACACAAGUUGCAUACAGCUGCAAAAAAUAUUCAUUCGCCGAAUCGCAGAAAAUCAGUUGGACAUAUACCAUUGUCUCCGUUAGCUAGAACUCCGAGUCCGUCGCCGCUUCCUGCUAGUCCUACCAGAAGUCCUAGUCCAUUAGCAUUUCCUACAGGACAUCAGCCUGGUAGUUCUAAUACUACACAGUCUUAUAGUCCAGGAGUUUGUUUAUCAACGCCAAACAAUCAGAAAAAAAGUUAUGGACGACCGAAAUCAGCAGAACCUGGUUCUCCAUUAUUAAGAAGAGCACUUAGUCCAGACAGACUUCACCCCCGAUCUGCAGAAAAUAAAACAUCAAUUUCACCAUUAGCAAACUCAGUGGUAAAAGUGACUCCUCGUACAACCAUAGCUCAAUCCUAUUCAGAAACAUCUGAAGAGUGCAGUGACAACUAUAAAGAACCAAAUGAUUCGAAAGUGGAAAAGAAAGUGUCAACAGAAUCGAAAUCAGAUUAUUCGAAAAUAUCUCAUGGAAUAUCAAUCAAUUUGGGAAAUGUGGGUAUAUCUAAUUCUUGUGGUAGUACACAGUUACCUAGAAUAGCAGAGGAAAAAGAUUCACCGACCGGUUCAAAGGCUGAUGAUUAUUCGAAGGAAGUUUUAUCUUUAGAGAAGGUCGAUAAAAAUAACACUUCUACAAGUAAAUUGACAGAAUUAGAAAAUAUUACCGAGCGCAAUGAACGUGUUGAAUUGAAGAAGGAAAAAAAGAAUUUAUCCACAAAGAAUUCAGAAGGUGCAACUAUUAAUAAAAUUGACGAAAGGGUUCAAUUGGAUAAUUCUUUUAACAUACAAAUGCGCUGUUCACAAAAUCCAUCUCACAAGCAAUCUCAGAAUUUUGAAAAAAGUUCGCAAGCUUCAUCGCAAAAAGCAUUGCCACAAAGCAAUGAAAAAAAUUCACAAUCUUCGUAUCAUAAAAUAUUACAAAGUAAUGAUAAGAACUCACAAUUUUCUACUCAGAAAUUUUCGCAAACCAACGAAAGAGGUAUUUUGCAAACUGUACAACAGAAAUCUCAAAACAAUGAGAAAGUGCCACAGGUUGCAUCUCAGAAACUGCUUCAAAACAAUGAAAAAAUAAUUGUACCUCAUAAAGUGAUUGAGCAAAAAACAGCUAGUUCAAAAAAUUCAGAAACUAAUUCAGAAGGGAAGAAAAUAUCAAAAAAGUACAAAAUUGAUGGCUCUGAAAGCACAAGUAAUGUUUCAUCUACACAACAUUUGAAUACAUUUGAGGUUAUGGGAUCUGGAAAGGAUAAGAAAAACAAUUAAAUAAUUAUUGUUCAAAUGAUCCUGAUUUAAGGAUGUAACAAGAUAAAUAUUUGCGCGUAAUUAUCAGAUGGUCUGUUUUUUUUUAAACUUAUCUCUCUUUUCAAUCAAAUUUUACAAAAAAACAAAAUUGAAUAUCUAAUGAAUAUAUUGAUGUGCAUAUUUUAACUUGAAUAAGAUUAGAAAGGUGGCAAAUCAAAAAAAGUAUACUAAUUUAAAGUUUACAGCUUUAAAAAGAAGUGAUUUCUACUUGAAUUAAAUAAAUGUAGGCUUCCAUUGAAUAACAUACCUGAACAUGUAGCUUUAGCUGAUAUAGCGGUAUACUGCAUUACUCUAUAAUUGAAUAAUUUGUCAUACAAUCAUUGAAUAUAAACUUAGAGAUAAAAAUAGAGGAUAAUUGCAAUUAAGUAUUAUUUCAACAGUUUCAAAUGAAUGCAGUCUGUUGAAAUUACUAUUGCUAAUUCUCUGCGAGAAAUUAAAAAAACAGGGACGAAAAAAUUGGAGUAAUUUACACUUCGGCUACAGUAUUUAAACGAUCUCAUUUACAUUUAUGUCUAAUUAUUAACACACCAUAUAUGAAUCAACAUAUAGCAGUUAGCAAAUCGCAUACAGAUAGCUUU